AUGAGCUUGUUACAGAACCACCUAGAGCAGAUCUCUCUCUCCGCGUCCGCGAUAGCAGACUUAUCAUUCCCUCCUCCGAAACCAUUUGUCAAUGCACUUCUCGGCCAGCAUGACAUCACCACUCUUAUCCGUGACACGGAGGCCCAUGAACGAGCCCUCUUCUCUGUCGAUAACACCACCAAGUCCCAGCGCAGAGCCACUCGUCGAGGUACGAUGUUCGUAGCAGAGACCGAACGAGAGUCUAUGAUCAGCCGCAUAUACGCCGUUAGAGACCGUACGAACCAGUCCGCUGUUGCGCGGGUACUUGGCGGUGAUAUGAUGGAUGCUAUCAAACGGUCCACUGCCCCAACAUCAGAUAGAACCACAAAGAGCGGGUUGGACAUUGAGGUUCUGUUACGCGGUGCAGAAAUGCUUUGCAACGUAUAUCCGGUAGCAGGAGCCAAGGAGAAGAUUGCUUCUAUACGAUCUCGACACCGCGAAAUAACGGCUUCCCUCGAAUAUCUUGAAAAGCGUGUUGCUGACCAGGCAGAAGAGCUGGAACGAAUGAAUCUCUCCCAAUAUGAUGACAGUGAUUACCAUAAGACAGAGGAUACCACUGAGGCCGUGGAAGUCACGGAUGAAGACAUCGAGCUGGAACUUGAAGCUAUUCGAGAACUGGAGGCGAAGAAACGGCGUCUAGAGGCUAGGGUUACGGGGAUGGAGAAAGAUUUAGGAGGGCUGCUAAGGUGA